AUGGUUGCGUUUGAUGAUAACGGAGAUGGAAACGGCCAGUAUUCCAUCUAUAACUACGCACGUGAUCCUUACACCGGUCAUUAUGAUUACCGAUUGGUGGGCGAUUACCAGGGUGGCAAGCUGACCAUGCGAGCUCGACCGAUUUGGCCAGGUGGUCAGUCCAGCCGACUGCCUGUCAGUCAGUGCUCCGAGGAAUGUGGAUUUGCCGAGAUUCGUCGUCUGGAUAAAAAGCAACAAUGCUGCUGGUCAUGUGAGGCGUGUGGAGCUGAUCAGCGCGUGGUGAAUUUGACCCAUUGUGAAACAUGCGCUUUUCAACACUGGCCUUCGGCGAAUCGGACCACCUGUGAGCUACUCGAGCUUCACUACAUUGAUCUGUCAACUUGGUUUGGCAUUGUCCCGAUGACCUUCAGCAGUGUGGGAAUUGUACUGACCAUCGGAAUCAUUGUCACGUGGUUGGUCUACUCCGAGACGCCUGUCGUUCGAGCGACAGGGCGCGAGUUAGCCUACGUACAACUAUCCGGUUGUCUGGUCUGCUAUGCCUGCCCGUUUGUUCUUUUGUCAACUCCAUCCGUGUUCACCUGCUCUUUACAACGCAUCCUCAUCGGUUUGGGUUUCGCCAUGAUGUAUGCAUCAUUGCUGACAAAAACUAACCGCAUCGCUCGGAUUUUUGACGCGGCAAAACGAACCACUCGUCGUCCGGUCUACAUUUCACCCCGCUCCCAAUUGGUUAUCGCGGGAUCGUUGAUCACCCUGCAGCUGGCGUUGUCUGCAAUCUGGUUCGGGUUCGAUCCACCAGACACACGGAUUGAUGCGAUCGGACCAAGCUAUUUGGUUCUUCGUUGUGCCAUGAAAGAUAAAAGUUUCCUGAUCUCACUGGCCUACAACAUGAUAUUGAUUGUGGUAUGCACAGCACAUGCAAUUAAAACAAGACACAUUCCAGAGAAUUUUAAUGAGUCAAAAUUCAUCGGAUUUGCGAUGUACACGACAUGCAUCAUCUGGUUGGCUUUCCUGCCCAUGUUCUACGCAACAAUGAACAAUCAUGAGGUGGGUUUGGGAGUUUUAUUUUAUGUGCAAUUGGAGUGA